AACAUAUAUCUAACAGGACUUUUAUUUUAUAACAGCUCUGCAGGUAGUGGUGUCGUGCUUCACACUCCAAGCACAGCACAGCACAGACUCAGCGGUGUGACAGUAGAGCUGCGUCCCGAAUAUAAACACAGGUCUGGUGUGGCAGAAUGGCAGCUGUUAAAAAGGAAUCUUCAGACCCAUCGCCAGUUUUAUUCCUAAAUACCAAAGGUGAGCCCAUGCGCUUCUUUAUCAGACCUGGUCCAACCAAAAUGCAGCUCCAGCCUUUAAUACAGGACUGCGGAGGUGUCGUUUGUCGCACUCAGGAGCCUAACGCCAUCCUGCUGGCAGAACCUGGAGAGGUCAGUGCCGCUACGGACGGUGCCGGACAGUUCUACAUUUCCACUCAGUACAUCCGCGACUGCGUGACACAGAAUCAGCAGCUGGAUAUGAAAACCUACAGACUCAGCAGUCAAAUCAAUCCGGCUAUUCAGACCAGAUCAGCCUCACGCAAGCAGAGAGGCUCCGGGAGAAUGGGCUACUCUCUUGAAGACGACACGGCCAUAUUGGAUUUCAUUACCCAUCGACGCCAAGAAGCCAAGGGCAACCGGGUGUGGCAGGAGAUGGAGCGGAAACUCGUCACCUCUCACAGCUGGCAGUCCAUGAAGUAUAGAUAUCUGAAGCACCUGCAGUUUAAACAGACGAAUAAAAGCCCUGAGAAAAGAAAGAAGUCUCUGAACUUUAAGGAAAGUUUCUCGUCUGAGGAGAACACCAUCCAGAGUUCUCCUCAGAAAAAGAAGCAGAAGACGACACAGAUUGCUUCGUCUUCUGAUUCGGAGGCCACUGAUGCUCAGGGCAGCAGGACUGCUGAGGGAACAUCAGCAGACCAAUCAGAACUUGAACUUGAGCCAGUGCAGAACAGUGCGUCCCCUCUGCGUCCAGAUUUAGAAGGAGAGAUCCAGCCGUGUGCACAGAGUGAUGGUAAUGAGACUGAAGUUAGUGGAGAUAAACCAGAUCUAGGAUCAUCACACGAGGAGGAGAAGCAGAAGCAGCAGCAGCAGAAGUGCAAAGUUUCAUCAGCUGAAAGAGCUGGAAUGGACGAGGAUGGUGCUGGUGAGGGGACGUCAGAAGGACCAAAAAUUCAGCAGACUACUCCCAGAGAGAUCAGGCAGAAAAGUCCCUCCUCUAAACUGCAUGGAAGGAAGCUUGGCAUACUUGAGAGAGCUGCCAGAGAAUUUGAGGACUCUCAAAUGACUGAUGAUGGUGAAAGUCAAGAAGGUCGACCUCUGAGUCGAGCAUCAUCUGAUAACUCAGAUACAGAUGAAGGUCAGAUCACGGCGGCUCGUGAGAGAGCGGUGAGGGAACAGCAGGCUAACGCUGAACAGAACAUGAACACAGAACAGAGCGCAGCAGAGACCCAGAGCAGCAGACCGACCCCGGGGCCCGGGGACGAUGCUGCAGCAGGUCCGAGCAGCACUGCUGUGCCUGUGACCUCCAACGCACACAACUUCAUAUUCGACCAGGACUCCCAGGAGGACCUGAGCCCGAGUUCUCAGAGGCAGCCUGUUCCUCAGGACUUCCUGCAGGCGAAGGAGCACGUGGUGAAGCUGAUGCAGGACUGUAAGAAAGACUUGAUGGAGGUGAUGAAGGCUCUACUGAAGGCCAGCGGUGAUGUGACGCUAGCACGAUCGUAUCUGCUAAACGGCUACAAAGCUGAAGUUCACGGACCCAUCUGGACCAGGCAUGAUGAUGAAGUCCUGCUUUCAGCUGGUUCUUCUGAGCUGGAUCAGCUGCGUGAGAAGUUCGGAGAGGACAGAGUGUUGAAGCGAGCAGAAUUCCUAAAGGCACGGUGAACUGGACUUUAGUAAAAGUGCCAGUCAAACACAUUAACUGUGAAUAAAACAUUAUUUUUUUUAUUAUUGUCAUAUUUUAGAUAUAUCCUGUUUUUCUUUUAUUAUUUGUAUUAUUAAAAAAAUCUAAAUCUGGAAUCCAUUGCCAUAGAACAUUGUAUGAUCAAAUUAAAUGUUAUAAACAACACUAAGACCUUUUUAAAAACGUUUUACGCCAUAUUAAACUUAUUUGGGGAUUAUAAAAUGAUAAAUAUGCACUGUAAUGAAAGGUCCAAUCUAUGUAGAAUCCAUUUAAACUUUAUCAUAUUUGCUUACUUGUAAAUAUGGCUUUUCAUUUCAUUAUUAUACCUUUUUUCACCAGAUUGUCCGUUUUCAUUUUAUUCAUUCAAUAUUUGAAACCUGUACAAAUGCAUAUGUUAAUCACAUUAAAGCAAUUUUAUACAUUUUUGUCAAAACACAUGGAAUUCAUUUUGCAUUUUGAAAAUUAUUAAUUUGAUUUCUAGUGUCAGUGUCGUGUCAUAUGUUUUUUUUUUGGUAAACAGUUGCUUUAUUUUUACUGUUUUUUAUGAAACAACAAAAAAUAAAUGUGUCUAAUGACAUUA